GGUACACGCCAUCGCGGUCAACCCCUGUUGCACGGCAGCCAUUUUGUGCUCCGAAUCUGCAAAGUUCUCCAGAUUUCGCCACCGGAGGCGCCAGGAACGCGAUCGAUUCGACGCAGCCUAUCGCUCGGCGCGCGACGACCAGGGGCAUCGCCGCCCUUGAUAUUCCAGCGGCUUAGUGCAGCCUCCACUUUACUCUAUUCUGUGGACGUUACUCUUCUUCCAGCUGCUUCCUUCUCUUCGUUCACUCCUCUCAUUGCAAGCCUGAGCUGCGCGCCUUCACCCCACGUUUGAUCUUUCCACAGCACGUGCCAUUACGAUGCCGCCUCGGCGUUCAACUCGAAAGUCGGCAGCAUCAGUGGCGAACGAUAGUGGUGUCACUGCGACAGCAUCUGGCUCAGAGCUUAACCAUUCAGCCGUAAAUACACAAGCAACCUCUUCUUCGAAUAAGAAACGCACCCGUUUGUCUCGUUCGACCGUCCCUAAUCAUUCCGAUAACGACGAUGAGAGCUCUAACACCAAUCCUUCUGCGCCUCCUGCACAAGUCCGUCGCAUUUUGAAACAGGUCGCGAUACCUAUCACAACCACCAAGCGGACUGCUGUACCUCUUAUUGCACAGCAGGCCGAGUCAGAAACCCCAAACACGACCCCUUCUCUCGACAAUUCCGACUGUGAUACGCCCGCUACAAGCACAUCGAACACGCCGGCUGUCUUUCUCGGACCUGGUCACGGCACCGGCCGCAAGAGUGCGCUGAGCAGGACUAUCACAGCCUGGGCACGUCCCAUUGAGGACACUGAUAAGGAGACUGACGAGGAAAUCGACGAGGAGAUCGAAUUGUCAUUUGAUCUAGAUGCUGAACUUGCUCUGCAGAUGCAGAUCGAGGAGGAUGAAGGCCAACAUCAUAGCAAGCGCCGGAGGAUCGAGGAAAACAACGAAGUUCAGGACCAGACCGGUGAUGAAAUCGAGGACCUCAUUAUCCCACGAUCACGGGCGAUGCCUACGGUUUUCAAGGGCAAGGGGAAAGGCAAGGCGAAGGUCGAGUCUGACAUCGCAACGGACGACUCUCUGCUCGAUGAGGCGAUUCCGGAACCUGCAUACACGGGCAAGGGCAAAGGCAAAGCUGUAAUUAAAUCCGUAGCGCCCCGUCGCAGUGGUGCCAGCCGACCUAGUACUAACCGCAAGACCAUUCGUGACUACACAAUCAGCGACUCCGAAGAGGACUCCGAUGAAGAGGACGAGUUCAGGCCAGACAAAGCCGGCUCACCAUUUGAUGUUAGUGACCUCGAAAGCGCAGCCGCAGACGACAGCGAAGAGGAGGAGCCCUUGAUGAUAGCCAGUGCACGCCUCAAGAAAGCAUCGGUUGCUCAGACGACUAAACGUGCACGAGGCAAGAAGUCACUCACACGUGCGGAGAAGAUCGAGAAGCGGAAACGAAUGGCAAGGUACGCUCACAUCACAGAUAAGUGGGACCGGAAGCGCGCCAUGAACCGCGAGCGAGCGGAGCAACAACAUCCCAAGCUGCGCACAAUGUGGGACGAUCUCCAAAAAAUCCCUGUCUUGGCUGUCGAGCAGGCAGAGCAACCCAAGACUAUUACUCGUCGAUUGAAACCUUUCCAACUCGAAGGUCUCAGCUGGAUGAUACGACAAGAACAAACCCAUUACAGAGGGGGCCUCCUUGGAGAUGAGAUGGGCAUGGGCAAAACAAUCCAGGCCGUUUCAUUGAUCAUGUCAGACUAUCCUGCCAAAGCGCCCACGCUGGUCUGUGUGCCACCGGUUGCUUUGCUGCAAUGGUCGAAUGAAAUCCGAGAGUACACCCAGAACAAACUCAACGUUCUUGUGUACCAUGGCACGAACGCGAAGUGUAAGAAGAUGACUGUCAAGGAUUUGAAGAAAUUCGACGUCAUUAUGGUCUCAUACAACAGCUUGGAGUCCUUGCACCGAAAGGAGGUCAAGGGAUGGAGUCGUGGAGAGGACAUCAUCAAGGAGGCGUCUCCACUACAUGCCAUUCGCUUUCAUCGUCUCAUUCUCGAUGAAGCCCACAGUAUCAAGUCGCGCAACACCGGAGUUGCCAAGGCUUGCUUCGCACUCCAAGGAAAUUUCAAGUGGUGCUUGUCUGGCACACCUGUACAAAACCGUAUUGGAGAGUUCUUCUCUCUUUUACGCUUUCUUGAGGUUCGUCCUUUUGCCGACUACUUCUGCCGAUCCUGCAAGUGCGAGAAGCUGCAUUGGGCCACAGACGAUGAUCACAUGUGUGUCGCCUGCAAUCACGGUGCAUCUGAGCAUAUUUCAGUCUUCAACCAGGAGCUACUCAACCCCAUCACUGGUGACGAUGUAGAUCUUCGCGAGCAGGCGCUUUCUAAACUACACAUGAUCACAGCCCGCAUUAUGUUGCGCCGCAUGAAGCGAGAUCACACCAAUUCCAUGGAGCUGCCAAUGAAGGACAUCGUCAUCCAUAACGAAUUUUUCAGUGAAGUCGAGCGUGAUUUCUCAACCUCGAUCAUGUCGAACUCAAACCGCAAGUUUGACACCUACGUCGCUCAAGGUGUUAUGCUAAACAACUACGCAAACAUCUUCGGUCUAAUCAUGCAGAUGCGCCAGGUCGCAAACCAUCCUGACCUGCUUCUCAAAAAGAACGCGGCAGAAGGCAGCUCCAAUGUCUAUGUCUGUAACAUAUGCGAUGAGCCUGCCGAAGAUGCUAUCCGGUCACACUGCCGCCACGAAUUUUGUCGUGCUUGUGUCAAGGACUACAUGGACACGUGCGAGGCCUCCGGUACUGACUCCGACUGCCCGCGUUGUCAUAUUGCUCUGACCAUCGACUUCGAGCAGCCAGAGCUCGAGCAAGAUGAAGACAGUGUGAAGAAGACGUCGAUCAUCAACCGCAUCAAGAUGGAGAAUUGGACAAGUUCGACAAAAAUUGAGAUGCUAGUGUACGACCUGUACAAGCUGCGCAGCAAAAAGCAGACGCUCAAGUCGAUCGUGUUCAGUCAAUUUACAUCCAUGCUGCAGCUGAUUGAGUGGCGUCUGCGUCGUGCGGGCUUCAACACAGUUAUGUUAGAUGGUAGCAUGACGCCUGCGAUGCGCCAGAAGAGUAUUGAUCACUUCAUGACGAACCCAGACGUUGAGGUCUUCUUGGUGUCGUUGAAGGCUGGUGGUGUGGCGCUCAACUUGACAGAGGCGUCAAGGGUGUUCAUCGUUGAUCCAUGGUGGAAUCCUGCUGCUGAAUGGCAGUCCGCUGAUCGCUGCCACCGAAUCGGCCAGAAGCGUCCUUGCGUGAUUACUCGUCUAUGCAUUGAAGACAGCGUCGAGUCCCGUAUGGUUGCGCUACAGGAAAAGAAGGCAGCCAUGAUCGCUGGAACCGUCAACAAUGAUAAGGUGGCCAUGGACCGUUUGAGCCCUGAGGAUUUGCAAUUUUUGUUUCGCGGUUCGUAGAUGCACCGAUCUCGGGCGUCCCGGGACAAAUCACCCUACGAUGCGUUUUGCGAUGUGCACAGCACUGGGAGAAAUUUUAGCGGCGUUCAAAAGAGGAGCAUACAUUUACUCAUUAGAGAUCAUGUGAGUACGUGGGCGUCAUUGUGGGACAUGAAUGGAGUGCAGUCAGCGGUAUAGCAGUAC